UACAAAACAAGAGAAAUAAAUAAGUCAGUGUACCAUUUUCACUUGUUAGUUACUUUCAGUUAGACGAUGGCUGUCGAUGAUUCUUUCAGGAAACCUGGAUCUGUCCCAUUUAAGUGGGAGAUCCGACCCGGUGUACCCAAGAUCCAACACCAACAACAAAAACAGCAACCUAAGAAACUCUCUCCACCAACCUUACCAUCUCCGUCACAGCCUUUCACUUCCCGGCUUACUCCGCAGCCACAACAAAAACUUAAACCUCCUCCUGGUGGAUUCGUUUUCAUCCCUCCACCCGAGCCCCGCACUCGUUCCUUCCGAUCAAGUCAACGUACCCGCUCUGAACGUUGGCGGUUCGAACAACCCACUCGUGUAAGACCUGAAUGCGUCUCACCCGGAUGUUUUCCAUCACCUUUAUUAAAGAGGAAAGACAGUAAGAGAAGAACCGUCCAACUACCCGAAUCCGAAACCGAUUAUACUUCUGACCUUGAGACACUUGCUCGGUGGUCCCUAUCGAGCCGGAAAUCAUUUUCGCCGUUUCGUGACUCAUCCGCGUCGUCUUUCUCGUCUUACCAGUCGUCUCCUCGAGUGCCGAGUGAGGCUGAAUGGGCUGGGUUUGGUCUUUUUUGAUGAACCCUAUUGUAUAUAUUUUCCAUAUACAUAAUUGCUGCUGGUUUGGAAUGUUAAGCAAGAGUUGAUUUUGGAUUGCUGUUUGAUCUUGUAGACUAUGGCACAAGUGUUGUUAUGUUUACCAUUUUUGAUAUUGAAAAGAAUGAAGAUGACCUGUGCUGUGGAUAGUUGUUGUUCUUGUUGUCAUAGUAAUAGAAGAAGUGUAGAAUUACUAUUAAAAAGUUGUAUUGUAUUACUCCAUGGAUGUAAUUCCUGUUCUUGAGUGUUUGUUGAGAUAAUACAAGAAAAUGAGAUGAAUGAUUUUGAAAUUUGAAGAGGGAAAUAGAGUCAAGAGUCGAUGUCUGUGUAUGAAUGCCAUAGGCUAUUUUUCAAGACAGAAGCAUAUUGUCUUGACUCUUGACCAUGAUUAGUGGAACAGAAAUUGGGCUUUUUUUUUCUUUUA